CUAUAGCCGCGACCACCAGGAGCACGGGGCUGAUGACGAACAUCGAGAAGAGGCCAAAUACGACAACCGCGAUACACCCGCAUAUGGCCGUGCCGAAGACGAAUAAUGCAAUGGGGAUUGAAGCUAGGAAAAGUAUAGGGAUAGUGAUGAUCCCAAUCAGAGCGGUGAGCGUGAUGGGGAUCAUAGGAAUCACGGCGAGAUUCAUCGUAUACUAGAAGACGUUAAAGACUAUUUGUAUUGGUGAAG